AUGGAUGAACGGCUUCAAAUAUUUAUUUACCUCAUCUUCAUCGUUUCUAAGACAUAUGAGGUGAGCGUGUCUACUAGAAUUCAGAACCCAGAAAUCCUUCCUGUCGUUGGUGAGGAUAUAACAUUAGCCUGCAUCGUCGUUUCUCCAUCGAAAGAUCGCCAACUCUACUGGCAAUACGGGAACGACAGUCUCCUGGCUUCUGAUACAUGUCGAGGGGUGGGAUGCAGAAACGAGAAAAAUAUUCUAGAUAUGUCCAAGUACAUCUUGAGGGCAGAUUCUUCCAGUGGAAAUCUAACUAUCAUGAAUUUAACAGUGGAUGACAGCGGCAGAUAUCAGUGUUUAGUUUUCACAUCUUCUGAUGCAGCUGCAAGUGAAAUUGUACUGAAGGUACUGCUACCAGUCAUGCCGAGAUUGAUAUCCAUCACCGACAAUCGGUCUGAGGAUGGAUACAAGAAUAGAGCAUCAGUGAGCAUCACAUCUGGGCGAACCCUCAACCUAACAUGUUCGGUUCAAGACGCUAUACCACCUGCAGAAGUGGAAUGGGAUGUUCCCGAAGAAGUACAGAUUCAAAUAGACGAUCAGUAUAACGCUAUUCAUGUACCGCCAAGUGAUAUCAGGCUCACCGCGUAUGGAUCCAUACAUUUCAACGUAACAGGGACAAGAAGUGUCAUUGUCUUUGAGGACUCGGCAACAUCCUUCACCUGCACGAGUGUAGGAUCUCGCCCUACAGCUCUUAUAGCAUGGAGUGUUGGUUCGGACGACGACCUAGGUAUCACGACCUCUGCGUCUACCCCGAAUGAGGACGAUCAAGGUUUACGCGACACCAAGUCUACUCUACUGUUGAUUCCAAAAAGGAGGCAUCACAAUAAUCUUCUCCGAUGCAUGGCAUAUGCAGGUAUGAACCAACGUCAAACAGAAGUGAGGGUUAUCGUCUAUGGACCACCGGAUCCUCCUUACCUAAGUGGAGUGGAAGGUUUGCAGGAUGGAGUGUCAUCAAACGUGACUUGCACAUCGAACAACGGCUACCCAGCCCCAGCUUUUCAAUGGUACCUUGGAUCAAAGAACGUCACCAAAGAUUAUUAUACACAGUCUUUGAGGAAAAGAAAUCAUCGACUGGAUUCCAUAAGUUUGUACAAUUUUACACCCACGGUAGACGAUCAUGGGAAACUCAUUGUCUGCCAGGUUUUUCAAGCAAGCGCUGCACCCAUGGAGUAUUGGAGUAUCAGUGAUGUUCUUCAUGUUCUUUUCCUUCCUACAGAAUUACAGCUGUCAGCUUCCUCCAACAUAACCAACCUAACGGGAACCGAAACUUUAGUCGUCUUUCAAGACAUUCCAGCCUUCAUCACCUGCAAGUGUCUGGGGUCUCGUCCAGUUGCCAUACUCUUCUGGGAACUGGGAGAUCCAGUGGUCACGGACGGCAUCACCACUUCCGCUACCCCAAAUAGAAUGGACAGUAGUUUAUUUGAUGCAGAGAUCACAUGCAUUUACAACAAUGGAUAUCCAGCGCCGGUAUUUCAGUGGAACCUAGGAACGACCGAUCUGACCAAUAAGUCAGCAACAGAAAAAGAACCGAAUGGAUAUAAUAGGAUGUCUGCAAGGAGUGUGCUCAUGUUCACUCCAAAGGAGAGCAACCACGGCCAAUACCUUGUCUGUGAGGUCUUUCAGCCUGAAGCUCAGCCUGCGUGGUCGAGGAGCAUAGAUGCUAGACCCCGAGCCCGUAUCUUUGAGUGGUUCUUCAAUGGAUCAAGGCUGGAAAAUGACACCAAAAUAGCGGUCUACCAAUGGGAAUUCCAAGAAACUGAAACAGUUACAACAAGUACGCUGAUGCUCAGUAAUCCAAAGGUGAUCAAUGAAGGAAAAUAUGAAUGCCUGGUCAAGACACCACUGGGUAAUGGCAGUGCUGCUAUCUACUUUUCCAUCUCAAGACCUCCGGAUACCCCUAGAGUUCGCGGCAUCAACAAUUUAAAAUCUGGGAGUCAGAGCACGCUAACCUGCACAUCAAACAACGGAUAUCCGACAUCGUUGGUCCAUUGGUACCUCGGGUCUGAAAAUGUUACACAGUACUCGUCAGUUCAGACUGAGUUGACCUACGAACAACGUGUAUUCACACUAAGUAAUCUUACAUUCGUACCAACUCGCUACAACCAUGGACAGUUGUUGGUCUGUGAAAUACUACACUCUGCACCGCCAUACUCAUGGACCAAGAAUAAAACAGAUGUUCUUAACAUCGCAUACUCGCCUAGCAACAUUACCAUUUCUGUUCUACGUAUCUAUAACCAUGAGCAAUUCCUCAGUGUUCAAUUCAUAUGUACAUCCGAUGCCAAUCCGCCGGCUCGUAACUUCUACUGGUACCGUAACGGGACGAUCCUAACCAACACUACAAGACAUCUUAUUGUCGCUGGCAGGUCAUCCCAGAUGUAUACCUUCUUUGUCGACCAGACGACAUCUUCAACAUUCUUCGAUGCUUGGCUACCAGGAUUCGAUGGCGGGUUGCAACGAACGUCCAGUCUGAAAUAUUGUCCAAAGGAUGCGCAAGCAGAGACAGAGGGGUGUGGUUUUGUCACAAACAUCACAGGAACAUCCUACACAUUGGUCGGAUUUUACCCAUUCACGUGGUAUAGGAUGACUGUAUGGGAGGUGAAAAGCGCGGGAAGCAGUAGUCAGGUGGAGGUAGUGGCAUCAACAGCUCUCAUCCCAGAUCCACCAUCUUGGUUCUUCGUCGACCAAAACAAGACGACACCUUCAACUCUCUUCGUAGCCUGGGAACCACGAUUCAAUGGCGGGUUGGAACAAACAUUCACUCUGCAAUACUGUCUCAACGACACGCAAGAAGAGGGAUGUGGCAUAACGACCAGCUGGGACAAACAAGAACAUAUCUUAACAUUAUCAGAGGCAAACCAAACCCUGGAUGAAAUGUGCUUCAUCACACAGAGGACUUACAGCGGACCAGACUGUGCCUCUGUGAAUAGCUCAGAGUGCAUUGAACCGGGCACAGAGGUCAACAUUGACCCGGAUGAUGACACAGUUUUGGUGACCUUUGGGAGGGAAUUAUGCAGUAAACCAGCUGAUAUAUUAACAGGUUAA